AUGGUCAUUCGUUUUAAGAAGCGGCAAGUUCUGGGUCCCGAAGGCCAUUUAGCAAAGCUACGGCAAUCCACCAUCGUCGCUGAUUAUCAAGUUCGAUUUGAGGCCUUAUCAAACGAAACAGUAAGUAUUUCCGAUCACUGGUUGAUACAGAUAUUUCUUUCUGGGCUUAGGCCUGAUAUCCAGUCCUCACUUAUUCUAUUAGAAGAGGGUCCGUUGGAUCCUAACAUUGCUCUAGAUUCCUUUGUUACAAAUGAAAUUUUAGCUGAGGAAUUACAAUGUCUCGAGGUCCAGCAGCACUUUACGAUUUCAUAUCAUGCAUUGACAGGUAGGAAUUCCUCCACUACCCUGCGUUUUAAAGGUGAAAUUAAUGGUUCUCAUGUCCAUGUGGAUGGGGGAAGCACAGAUAACUUUAUUCAAUCCCGUGCUGCUAAGUUUUUGAAUCUAAAGGUGGAAGCCACACCUCGAUUUUCGGUUAUAGCUGGCAGUGGUCAAAGGCUUCCUUGUACGGGAGUAGUAAGAAAUAUGAAGUUGUUGGUCCAGGAAUGUAGCUUGAUUUUGGACCUUUAUGUCUUGGAUUUAAAUGAUGCGGAAGUAGUUUUAGGGGUAUCUUGGUUAGCCACAUUAGGUCCGGUGGUUACUGACUAUCAUGAGCGUAUCUUCGAUUUUUUCCUUGGUGGCAAUUGUUACAGAUGA